AACGCCUAGGGUUUGAGCAAGCACACGAGCCACAAUACCAAUCACACGCCACCAUGAAACGGCCACCACCACGCGACGACGCGGCGGCGGCGGGCAGCAGCGAGGGCGGCGCCCGAGGAGGGUUCAAGAAGGGCAGGGGGAUGUGGGGCGGGAAAAAGCGGAACGAGCAGCGGCUCGGAGGCAAAGGCGGCGCGCUCUCCCUCGCGGCCUUCGCCAACGCCAAGUCCAGGAACACCGGCUACAACCCGGCACUCAUCAAGAAGCAGAAAGAGUUCUACAGGAAUGCUAAAUUGAUAAGCAAGUACAAAAAGUCAAGUAAGCAACAAGACCAGUCAAACCGUCCUCCAUCUUUUCCUAUCCAUGAGGAAGCAGGUGAUGAUGCAAAGGAUGCACCAAGGCCACAUGACAAGAUGAAGAAGCGCACUUCACAAAGCUUGAAUGUAGAGUAUGAGAAGAAACGUGUGGAAGAUGAGAAGGCAAAGAAGGAGCGUGAUGCGAUGAUCCAGGCAAAGAAGGAGGAGCGGGAGAAGUCCGAAGCGAAGCGAAAGGAGCUGAGGGAGAAGAUGUUUAGGAGGACGAGAUCUGGGCAGCCUGUUAUGAAAUACAGAAUUGAGCAUCUCUUGGAGACUGCAAUAGGAAGCUCAAGCAAGUUAAAGAGAAGAGAAAUGCAGAGAAUAUACAUGUUCAUAAAACUGGACCAUUGUUUUGGAUAAUAAUGUGGGUUGAAUGACAGUU